AUGGAUGUGAACUACUCCACGGUCCUGGACAGCAAUGUGUCGCAACGCGAUUCAUCCAAGCGAGUUCUGACUGGUUGUUUCCUCUCGCUGCUCAUCCUGACCACCCUACUGGGAAACACGCUGGUCUGCGCGGCCGUCACAAAGUUCCGGCACCUGCGGUCAAAAGUCACCAACUUCUUUGUUAUAUCGCUAGCUAUUUCAGACUUGCUGGUGGCCAUUUUGGUGAUGCCAUGGAAAGCAGCGACCGAGAUUGUAGGGUUCUGGCCAUUUGGCGCCUUCUGCAAUGUCUGGGUGGCCUUUGACAUCAUGUGUUCCACUGCCUCCAUCUUGAACCUGUGCGUCAUCAGUGUGGACCGCUACUGGGCCAUUUCCAGCCCGUUCCGCUAUGAGCGCAAGAUGACGCCCAAGGUAGCGUUCAUCAUGAUCAGCGUUGCGUGGACGCUGUCCAUCCUAAUCUCCUUCAUCCCUGUGCAGCUAAACUGGCAUAAAGCCCAGACAACAAGUUACACAGAGUUGAACGGAACCUAUGGCGAGCUUCCCCCGGACAACUGCGAUUCCAGCCUUAAUCGAACGUAUGCCAUUUCCUCUUCCCUGAUCAGUUUUUACAUACCUGUGGCCAUCAUGCUGGUCACCUACACCCGCAUCUACCGCAUUGCCCAGAAACAGAUACGGCGUAUCUCUGCGCUAGAACGUGCGGCGGAGAGUGCCAAGAACCGUCACAGUAGCAUGGGUAACAACGCCAGUAUGGAUUCUGAAAGUUCCUUCAAGAUGUCCUUCAAGCGUGAAACCAAAGUUCUCAAAACCCUCUCGGUGAUCAUGGGUGUCUUCGUAUGCUGCUGGCUGCCCUUCUUUAUCUUAAACUGCAUGGUUCCGUUCUGCGACACUAACGAGAGUGCCGACUUCCCAUGCAUCAGUUCCACCACCUUUGAUGUCUUUGUAUGGUUCGGUUGGGCUAACUCCUCACUCAACCCCAUCAUCUAUGCCUUCAACGCUGACUUCCGAAAGGCGUUCUCCAUCCUGCUGGGCUGCCAUCGACUCUGCCCUGGCAGCAACGCUAUAGAGAUUGUGAGUAUUAACAACAACGGGGCCCAGCAGUCUUCUUCCCAGUACCAACCAAAGGGCCACAUCCCAAAAGAGGGCAACAACAGCAACUAUGUGAUCCCUCACAGUAUCCUCUGCCAGGAUGAGGAGACCCAGAAGCAUGAGGACAUUGGGGUAAAAACCUUUGAGAAACUGUCCCCCUCUAUGUCGGGAAACUUUGAUAGCGAUGCUGAUGUUUCCCUGGAAAAGAUCAACCCCAUAACACAAAAUGGGCAGCUCAAAUCCUUACCAUCCUGAGUAUUCUGCUGUCAAAAUGCUAUGUGAUGCAAACAAAGAGCCCUUAUUUCUACACAGUACGGAAUCCAAAAAAGCUUCACUGAGGACCUUAAUAAAUAAUAUUCUGACAAAAUGAAACUUGUGGAAAACAAAAGAAUGUUCCAAAUGAAGGCACUUUAUGCUGGAUAACUAUCUGCAAAAUAUUCGCAGCAUUUAUUAUUGAUGUUAACAGGUCUUUUGUCACAAGACAUCCAUGGAAAGUAAUGUGAAUAAACCAUGUAUGCAUAUGUAUACAUGUUAUACAUUUUAAAUGUGUAUACAUGUGCAUGUCUAUUCAGUUUUGAUAGAAAUACUGUCCGGGCUGUUACGCAAGGACAAGAGUUUGUACAUUAGUUGCUUAAAUGGCUCAUUAGUAGAGAUAUUUGGUUGCAUCUACUGUUGAGAAUAAAAUGUACAUAUUGUUGU